UUUUUCUUCCUCCAAUAAUACUCUUUUAUAUUCUACUACGACUUUUCCAGACUUAAUAGAAAAUUCUUUCCCUAUCGUUUCCUCUGUUUCGAUUAUUAUAUAUAUAAACCCAAAAUACUUCUGCCAAAGAUCCAUUACUGCGCCUUCUCCGGCCGGCUAAAUUUCCUACUAAAAGCUGUCAUGGUUACCUUUAAAGCUCUGUCCAUCAAUCUCCUCCUCCUUUUAGUAUUAUUAUGUCAGGCUGACGCUCAGCCAUCAAAUUCCCCUGGAACCGAGGAUCAGUUCCGGUACCCCAGUGUCAGUCCGGCAAUGGCUAUUAUCAUAGUGAUACUUAUAGCUGCUCUUUUUUUCAUUGCCUUCUUCUCAAUUUACAUACGCAACCGCAGCGCAGCUAACGGUAGCAUCCGUCAAACCUUCUCCAUGAGACGUCGUACAGCUGCUGCCACUCGUGGACUCGAAAAUUCGGUAAUCGAGACUUUCCCUACCUUCACUUACGUCGAAGUAAAGGAUCAUCAUAUUGGAAAGGGAGCUUUGGAAUGUGCUGUAUGUUUGAACGAGUUUGAAGAUAACGAAAUGUUGCGUUUGAUCCCUAAGUGUGAUCAUGUGUUCCACCCUGAAUGCAUCGAUGCUUGGCUCCAAUCUCAUGUAACAUGCCCUGUUUGCCGAGCUGAUCUUACUCCUAAACCUGAUGAACCGGCGCCGGUUCAAGCUCCUGAGGUGAACCGGGAAUUGGGGCAAGAACAUGGAGAAACAGAGAAUUUGCAGCAAAAUAACGAAGUUUCGAUUCAAAUAGAGGGAGAUGAAAAUUUGAUGUCACAGCAUCAGGAGAGCUCUGUUAGACCAGAAGUUAAGACAAAUUUGAGUUUCAACGCAUCGAACCGGCCUCCGAGAUCAUUUUCUGUAAAGAGGCCAAAGAUGUUCAGUAAAUUUAGGUCUCAUUCGACCGGCCAUUCAUUGGUGGUACCAGGGGAGAAUUUAGACCGGUACACUCUUAGAUUGCCGGAGAAUGUUAGGAAAGAUGUGCUGAACCGGGCUCUACUAAACCGGACAAGGAGUUGCGCAGUAACGCUCCCAAGACACGGUAGCACUACAAGAGGGUACAGAGCCGGUCCGGGAGAGGGAAGCAACAGGGGUGCAAGGUCACUCAAGCGGAUCGACCGGUUCGACCCGGAAGCUAAAUCGGACCGGUGGGUUUUCAAAAUUGCACCGCCAUUCUUUUCAAGAGGUCCAUCAAUGAAGUCACCAAAAGUAGGGGCUGAUAACGAAGAAGCAUCCACAUCACGUAGUAAUGUGAAAAUGGCAGUAAAAAUGCCGUCAUUCAAAUGCUUGGAGCCGAAAGGUGAUGAACCGGGUUUGCUGGCACAUGACUCGGCUCGAUCUCCGGUUUAAAGAAUUUGGUGAUUGCUGACUCGGCUCGAAAAAUGAGUGUUUAAUUAAGCGUGGCGGAAAGGGAAAACUUUUUGUUCGCCGGCAAAUGAGGAGAACGCGUGGUCCAUGCUAGUUUUCCAACUUUGAAAAUUCCGCAAUUGACUUCAUUGCACAUAUUAUAAAAUGGCCAAAAGUUGAAAUUCAAGGUUUCUGAAUUCUAGAAUAUUCUUUAAAAUGUUGAUUAACUUUGAUUAUUUAAAAACAAAUAAUAUUCAACUUUUGGUUUUAUUUGGGGUGAGAUAGAUGGUGUUCAAGAGUUAAUUAGUUGGAUGAUGAAAUACCCUAAACACAAUGUAAUUAUACUAUAUGUUAAGUGUUUUGUUUUGUUCUUUUAUUGAUAGAGAUGUGAUGGCUUUCCUCUCC